UACGCAGCCUCCAACCAGAUCAGCGGAUGGAAAGACUGUUUUGGGCAUGUGAAGGUGUGACUGUGGACAUUUAAAGAAGUGACAUGAAUGUCUGUGGGCUCAGAAGGCAAAUUAUUCCAUUGCCACUUUGACAAGCAUCAGCUGGAACUUCUGUUAAGUUCCUCCACUUAGGAAUCCUUGUCCUUGCGCUGAGCUUCUCUUGUCUUUGCUUGAUCACACCUGUAGGAGACCAAUGCUAGCAGUCAAGCGGAGCACUGUAGCCUAAGACAAGGCAGGCUGAUUUCGGAUUCCUCUGUUUGCCGUCUUUCACCCAUACCAUCCGACUGGAAGAUACAGCAGGCAAAGAAAUGGCUGUAGAGAACGCAACCAGGGUCUCUUUCCUAAGGAAUUCCUCCAGCUUCCCUGUCAGGAAUGAAUCAAGAUUGGAAAGGACAACUCCCUACACCAAUGUGAUCAUGCCUAGCUUAUUUGGCAUCAUUUGUUUUCUUGGCAUAGUCGGGAAUCUUAUUGUGAUCUACACCAUCAUCAAAAAGAAGAAGCUUCGGUGCAAACAGACGGUGCCUGACAUCUUCAUUUUCAACCUCUCUAUUGUAGACUUGCUAUUCCUGCUGGGCAUGCCCUUUCUCAUCCACCAACUCCUUGGCAACGGUUCCUGGUAUUUUGGAGCUCCGUUGUGCACUAUCAUCACCGCCCUGGACACCCACAGCCAGAUUACGAGCACCAACAUCCUGACAGUCAUGACCUUAGAUCGUUACCUGGCCACGGUCUAUCCUCUGAGAUCUACUUAUGUCCGAACUCCAUGUGUAGCAACCUUGGUUAUCAGCCUGGUGUGGCUCCUCUCAUUUCUGACCAUCAUCCCUGUGUGGAUGUAUGCAGGACUGAUGCCUUUGGAUGAUGGGACUGUCCGGUGCGCUCUUUUGCUUCCCAACCCUGAGACUGAUGUCUACUGGUUCACCAUCUACCAGUUCAUGCUAGCUUUUGCAAUUCCACUGAUCAUCAUAUGUGUGGUGUACUUUAAAAUGCUCCAGCAUAUGGCCACCACUGUUGUGCCCUUACCACAGAGAAGUCUUCAGGCUCGUACCAAGAAGGUCACUCGGAUGGCUGUUGCCAUCUGCUCGGCCUUCUUCAUUUGCUGGGCACCCUUCUAUAUCCUUCAGCUGGCCCAUUUGGGAAUAGGCACCCCUUCUGUUGCUUUUUUCUAUGCCUACAAUUUUGCCAUCAGCUUAGGCUAUGCCAACAGCUGCCUCAAUCCUUUCCUCUACAUUGCCCUAAGUGAGACUUUUAAGCGCCAGUUUAUGGUAGCAAUCCACCCAGCCAAAGAACACUUCAGGGUAAACAAUCACAACCACAGCACGACGGAAGCCAGUGUGUGCUUGAAGCUUGCCCCAGAAUCCACUCAACAGACUCGGUUUUUGGAGGAGUUCUCCCCACGUUCAUUGCCUGUGACGGUUGCGGUUCACUAGUGGUCUUUCCUAAGAGAUUCAUAGUUCUGCUAUUUGAAAACCAAGAUAUGUUUUCCUUCGUAGUAAUCCAACACAUGAUAAACGUGUGGCUUCCUCAGAGCCACUGCUAGGCACAAGUCAAUGAGGUGUUAAUGGGAGUCUGAAAUGUGCAAACGCUAAUCGGUCAUUUAUUAUGAUACAUGAAGAGAAGUGAUGAAAUAAUUGCUGGGAGGACUGGAGGCAAGUAUCCACUUGAAAACUAUUGAAGAGCCAUUGAAAGUCAUAAUGUAGAAAUUAUCCCAUCGAUAACACAAAUGACCAAAAAAAAAAACAUCCCUCCCUCCCUUCUUUCAUAUCUAUCAACAUAUUUUAUAAGGCAUUUGAUUCCAGAUGAUUAUGGGUGGUAAACAACAAUAAAACAUCAUUUAAAAACAAUUGAUGAAGAAAAGCACAAUCGCUGUCAUGCACACCUCUUCCCAGAGGACAGGCAGAGCGUGCAUCAUCUCAUGGCACAUUAGACUCCAGAGGACGUUCCUCUCAUUUGCCUGGGAACAAGCUUUAUUAAGCGGUAUCAUGGACGUUAUUAGUUCCUGGUUUCUCAUUGAGCGAAAUAAUGUCUGCUUCGUGCCAAAUUGCCUUUGCAAAAAAUAGUAUAAAAUCAAAUCCAUUGUAGGCUUAACUAAUCAAGCCUGACAUAAACAAAGUGAGGAUCUGGGGAUGUUUCAUUACAGACAGUCCUCUCUUAACAAUUGGUUGCUUAAUAACCAUUCAAAAUACAAUGGAUUUUUAAAAAAUUACUUACAACACACACACACACACAGUUGCAUUUGGGGCACUUGGCAACUUCCUUGCAUUUACAACUGGUUGCAGUUUCCCAUGGUCAAGUGACCAGGAUUUAUUUAUUUAUUAGUCAUAUUUCUAUGCUGCCCACUCUUUGAGGACUCUGGGCGGCUUACACCAAAGACAGUAUACUAAAUAGCAUAUUGCCCCCAACAAUCUGGGUCCUCAUUUUACCCACCUCGGAAGGAUGGAAGGCUGAGUCAACCUUGAGCCGGUGAGAUUUGAUCCGCUGAUCUGCUGAACUAGCAGUCAGCUGAAGGAACUGCAGUACUGUACCCUAACCACUGCACCACCUCGGCUUUGCAAUUUUUUUUUUUUUUGCUGUUUUCCAGGAGAAAAACAGCAAAAAGCACCCAUUUGAUAUGCUGGAUUAUUUACCUACUGACCACCUGAUUCGCUCAAUGAGCAUAUGAUUCAUUUAAUGACUGCUCCCUUGCUUCAUGGCCAUAAAAAUGGUUGUAAAAUUGAGUCAGGUCACUUGGUGAUCCACGUAAUGACCACAAUGAAUUGCAACCAAAUUUCCAGGGUCAAUUGUGGUGGUAAAUCAAGGACUACCAGUAUUUAUGCCCCUGCAAAUAAAAA